CCGCAGAUGUGUCAAUCAUUUUGGGCCUUUUUUCACUAUAAAAUUUUCUCGCUCCAUUCUUUCGUCUUUUAUAAACCUACACUAUAAACGAUCAUGGACGAUUCUCAACCCAACGAUAUUAAAAUCGCUUCUCAACCAUUUGAACCGGGCACGGCUAUCAAAAAGAGAAAGAUCGCUCAAAACACUUUGCUUAACAACAAAAGUAAGGAGAUCAGCGGAACAAAUGUUCCUUCAGCAUUUGAAGAAGAGUUAAAAAAGAUUAAUGACAGUAUGGACGUCGAUAUUAAAAUUGAGAAUACAGAAGCCGUUUGGAAACGUGCCGCUGCACCCUUACUAAACCUAAAAUCAGAUAAAAUUGUAUUUCAGCAAAUUGAAGUCGAUGAUUACUUUGAUUGGAAUGUUAAGGAACCUGUCAUUCGAAUGUACGGUGUCACUGCGGAAGGAAAUAGUGUGCUCUGCCAUGUCCGAGGCUUUUUCCCAUAUUUUUACUUCCCUGCCCCAAUAGGUUUUCAACGCUCACAUUUGCCAGCACUUCAGAAAGCAUUGAUUGCUAGCGUUGGUAAAGGAGAUGUCGUGCACAAUGUCGAAAUUGCAAUGAAACAAAGCAUUUAUGGAUACCACGGAGACAUCAAAUCACCAUACAUUAAAGUAAUAACGCGUGACUCUCGAGAUAUAUCUAAAUGCAAAAACGCCGUAGAGAAUGGGUUCCGUAUUGAGGGAUUAGAUCGUCCUUGCCAGUCUGACACAACAUUUGAAAGCAAUUUGGGAUAUGUACUUCGAUUCAUGAUCGAUUGUAAAGUGACAGGUUCUAACUGGAUCGAAAUACCUGCGGGAACCUACGAGCUAUUUCAGAACAAGACAUCCACGGCUCAGUAUGAAAUACAAACAAAAUACAAUCAGUUUAUUAGUCAUGCUCCUGAAGGAGAAUGGUCACACAUGGCACCGCUUAGAAUUUUGAGUUUCGAUAUAGAAUGUGCUGGUAGAAAGGGUGUCUUCCCUGAGCCCUCCAUCGAUCCUGUUAUCCAAAUUGCGUCUAUUGUUCAAAAUCACGGCCAAACGAAACCGUUUAUUCGCAACGUCUUCACUCUAAACAGCUGUGCUCAUAUUGUUGGCUCCCAAGUACUCAGUUUUGACGAUGAAGCAGAACUCUUGAGAAAGUGGAGCGAAUUUUUCCUUGAUGUUGACCCGGAUGUAGUUAUUGGCUAUAAUACUACUAAUUUCGAUAUUCCCUAUUUAUUAGACCGUGCGAAACAUCUUGGGGUCAACAGUUUUCCUUUCCUCGGCAGAAUCAAAAACAUUAGAACGGAAGCAAAAGACUCCAGAUUCUCGUCGAAAGCAUACGGUACACUUGAAAGUAAAUCUAUCAACAUGGAAGGUCGUUUGCAGUUAGAUGUGCUUCAAGCCAUUCGCCGUGAUUACAAACUACGCUCCUACACCUUGAAUGCGGUUUCUGCUGAAUUCCUAAAAGAGCAAAAAGAAGAUGUACAUCACUCUAUUAUUACAGAACUUCAGAACGGAAAUCCAGAUACGCGUCGUCGUCUUGCUGUUUAUUGUCUGAAGGAUGCUUUCCUACCAAUGAGAUUAAUGGAUAAACUCAUGUUAUUGGUUAAUUACACCGAAAUGGCAAGAGUAACUGGUGUGCCUUUCAAUUAUAUUUUGGUGCGUGGUCAACAAAUCAAAGUUAUCUCACAAUUGUACCGUCGUGCACUAGAAGAAGAUCUUGUGAUUCCUGUCAUCAAAUCUGAAAUAACAGAAGAACAAUAUGAAGGUGCUACUGUCAUUGAGCCCGAAAGAGGGUAUUAUGACGUCCCCAUUGCCACGCUUGAUUUCACUUCUUUGUAUCCGUCUAUUAUGCAAGCUCAUAAUCUCUGUUAUACGACUCUGCUGAAACCCGACAUGGUGCGCAAACUAAACAUGGUAAAAGAUGUUGAUUACAUCAUAACUCCCAACAAUGAUAUGUUUGUCACAGUUGCUCGUCGAAAAGGUCUUCUUCCCCAGAUUUUAGCAGAUCUCUUAGCGGCUCGUAAAAAAGCUAAGAAUGACUUGAAGAAAGAAACCGACCCUUUCAAGCGUGCUGUUUUAGAUGGUCGUCAAUUAGCCUUGAAGGUCAGUGCUAACUCUGUUUAUGGUUUUACAGGCGCCACGAUUGGAAAACUGCCUUGUUUGCAAAUUUCCUCUAGCGUUACUGCUUAUGGUCGUGAGAUGAUCUUGAAAACAAAAGAAACGGUUGAGCAAACAUUUACCAAGGCAAAUGGCUACGAGCAUGAUGCUAAGGUUAUUUAUGGUGAUACUGAUUCUGUCAUGAUCAAAUUUGGCGUUAAUAACUUGAAAGAGGCGAUGAGGUUGGGUAGAGAAGGGGCAGAGCUUGUGACCAAGGAAUUUAUACGACCUAUCAAUUUGGAUUUCGAAAAGGUAUAUUUUCCUUAUUUGUUAAUCAACAAGAAGCGAUAUGCCGGGUUGUAUUGGACAAGAGAGGAUAAAUUCGAUAAAUUAGACGCUAAAGGUAUCGAAACUGUGCGUCGCGAUAAUUGUCGACUCGUAUCAAAUGUUAUCUCCAACUGUCUCGAUAAACUUUUGAUUGAAAGAGAUGUGGAAGGCGCCCAAGUUUAUGUAAAGCAGACAAUUGCAGAUUUACUACAAAAUAAGGUCGAUCUCUCUCAACUCGUCAUCACAAAAGCGCUAUCGAAAACAGACUAUGAGAAUAAACAAGCACAUGUAGAGUUAGCAAAGCGCAUGAAAGAGCGUGAUGCAGGUUCAGCGCCAGCUUUGGGAGACCGUGUUGCUUACGUUAUUAUCAAAGCCAGUAAAAAUACACCAGCAUACAAGUGUUCAGAAGAUCCGUUAUAUGUUCUCGACAACAAUAUUCCCAUUGAUACCAAAUAUUAUUUAGAAAACCAGUUGUCGAAACCGCUAUUACGUAUCUUCGAACCUAUUUUAGGCGAUAAAGCUCAAACGCUAUUAAAAGGUGACCAUACGCGUACAGUUAAUAUUGCUUCGCCAACCGUUGGCGGUUUAAUGAAAUUUACAGUGAAAACCGCAACUUGCUUGGGAUGUAAAUCACCUUUACCGAAGGGAGAUAAUUCAGCCACUUGUAAACGAUGUAUGGAUCGUUUGCCUGAAUUAUAUCAACAUCAGGUAGAAGUUGUGAAGGAUCUAGAAGUAAAAUACUCUCGGGUAUGGACACAGUGUCAGCGUUGUCAAGAAUCUCUACAUCAGGAAGUAAUCUGUUCCAAUAAUGAUUGUCCUAUCUUCUACAUGCGCAAGAAAGUUCAAAAAGAUAUGGAUGAAGCGAUGGAGAAACUAGAAAGAUUCAAUUAUGACUGGUGAUAAUUUAUAAUUAACUAACUUAUAACAAAUGUAUAUACAAUUCAGUCAUCAUCUCCUCUUCUCAAAAAGUCAUUUAAAUGUUUUUCAUUAUUCUAAUUAUCAGAAAUCUCUCUAUAAUAUAUCUUGAUUUUGACGAAAUUGUUAAGUCCGUCCAUUU